GACUGAUGUCAUUUCAAAACUUAACUCACACUGCCAAGUCACCGCGGUGAGUUGCUCACCUUCCUUCCUCCCGUAAAGUACUCUCUCGUCCGGCGGGUCGCAUCACAAGAAAACCAGGAGGUGAAAUAACCUAAAGGAGGACACAAACUCCCUCUUCUUGGGACGAAGCAAAAGGGGGUUUGGUAGCAGGAAUCCCGGGACCAGAGCCGCUCUUUCUGCGGGCAAAGGCGGCUGAACGUUUUUUUUUUUUUUGAAGUGCAACCUUUAAAAAAAUAUAUAUUUAAAAAUGAAUCGGAGCUUCAAUAGAUCGCAACCUCUUCGGAAUGCUGAUUGUAACGCUGUGGAGGUGAAGAGCAAGUAUGGGGCGGAAUUCCGCCGGUUCUCGGUGGACCGGGUCAAGCCCGGCAAGUUUGAGGAGUUUUACAAGCUCAUUCUGCACAUUCACCGCAUCGCUAACAUGGAGGUGAUGAUCGGCUAUGCCGACAUCCACGGAGACCUGCUGCCCAUCAACAACGACGACAACUUCUGCAAGGCGGUGUCCACGGCUCACCCGCUGCUCAGGGUCAUCAUACAGAGACAAGAAGAGGUCGACUACGCCAACUACGGCACCAACACGAUAACUCGUAGGAAGAAGGCGGUGGUCGCCCUGCGCAACAACGACCUCAUCCGCAAGCGGCCACACAUCCGCAUCGGCAUGCCGCAGGACUUCCGGCCCGUCUCCUCCAUCAUUGACGUCGACAUCCUGCCCGAGUCUCACCGCCGCGUCCGGCUGUACCGCCACGGCUCGGACAAGCCCCUCGGCUUCUACAUCCGAGACGGCACCAGCGUGCGCGUGACGGCACACGGGCUGGAGAAGGUCCCCGGCAUCUUCAUAUCUCGGAUGGUGCCCGGAGGGUUGGCGGAGGGCACCGGGCUGCUGGCGGUCAACGACGAGGUGCUGGAGGUCAACGGCAUCGAAGUGACCGGCAAGUCCUUGGAUCAGGUAACGGACAUGAUGAUCGCCAACAGCCACAACCUGAUCGUGACCGUCAAGCCGGUGAACCAGCGCAACAAUGUGGUGCGCAGCAGCAGGAUCUCGGGGAGCUCGGGCCAGUCGUCCGACAGCAGCGGAUCGACCGGCUACCCGAGUUUGUCGGUGGCCUCUGUGGCGGCGAUGUCCUCCGCAGCGCACGGUUACCAAGACGAUCUGGAGAGCGAUGAAGAGACCGAUAUUGUCAUCGAGAACAGCCUCAAGCGGCCGUCUCAGAGGUCCAACGCGUCCCUGGCGUCCAGCGCCUCUCGCACACACCAACACAUGCCGACAACGGCCUCAGGCCCGGCGGCACCUCCCAGCCCGCCCUCGCGUCCCGCAUCGGUGGUCUCCACUGCCUCCUUCCACUCCCAGCCCAGCCUCAACGGAGGGUCCCACCACCACCACCACACCAGCAGCCUCAGCUACCAGCUCCACAGGGACCUGAACCUUCAGCAGUCCCAGCAGCGCCAUCACCAAGUACAGCCCCCGCAUCACAGCAGCCACCCGGCCCUCCGCCACAGCAACGGCAGCCUGCACAAAAUCCUCAGCUCCAUGAAAACAGACCCACGACACAGCCUGGCACUGCCGAGGGGAGGGGUGGAGGAGGACGGCACGGUCAUUACCCUAUAAUACUUAUGAACACACACCCAGACAGAAACAGCGCAACUGCUCAGAGACUUAAACUAGAACACCAGGCCGGACAAAUAUGAGCUUUAGUGUUUUUUUUUUAGAUUUUGUGACUUCUGUUUGUUUAUACGAUGGUCAUUGAUAAUUGGAAGUUACAAGCCAGGAAACAAGGAAAAUGUAUUGUGUAUAUUUCCCGUAUUUUUAAAGUUGUCUUUGUCUUGCGUCAAACAAUUUGUACGUAAUAAAUAACUAAUAAAGAACAAAUAACUUUUAGGCGAGUCCACUGUAUAGUAGAAUUCUGAAUGUGCCUACAGCCUAAUAUCUUUUGUUAGUGACCACUUUUAUUCAGAUCAAUUCCUUUCUUAUACUGGGACCAACUUGGGGUUGCUUAUGGAUGUUUUUAAAGAGUAAAUCUAUAUUUCUUAUAUUCUGAUAAAUGCUGUUUAGAGUAUGAUUUUUUUUUUAAUAGUUCUUUUAUGCAUUGAUGAUUGUGAUCAAAUCCUUGUAUCUGUUCCAAUAAAUUAUUCUAAGUCUGC